GUCACUGUCAAAUGUCAAUACCACAGACAAAAAUCGCAAAACAAACGUGCUGUGAAAAAGCCUUAAAAGUACCGAAAGGCGAUUUAUUUUGCGAAAAAAAGCAUUAUAAAUGAAAAAUGGCGGUGCGGCCACAGCACGUACACGAUGGUGGAAUUGUGGAGCGUCGGUUGCGACCAAUUUACGACUGGUUGGACAUUGGGAAUAACAAAAAGGCACUGCAGGAAGCUGAGAAAGUGCUUAAAAAAAGUCCUACUUUGCAAGCGGCCAGAGCUUUGAAAGCCCUAGCACUUUUUAGGUUAGGAAAAGGACUGGAAGCGCAGGUUGUUCUUGAUGCACUGGCUGAUGAGAAACCGAGCGAUGAUACCACGCUGCAGGCGAUGACGAUAUCCUAUAGAGAAUCUCAACAACUACACAAGGUAUGCAUGUUAUAUGAAAAUGCGGUGAAGUCUGAACCAGCCAAUGAAGAGCUGCACUCCCAUUUAUUCAUGUCCUACGUGCGGGUCGGGGACUACCGGUCACAACAGCGGGCUGCCAUGGCACUGUACAAGUUUGCUCCCAAGAACCCUUACUACUUCUGGGCUGUGAUGAGCAUUGUUUUGCAGGCCAAAACAUCAGAGGACAACACAAAAAGAGGCAUCCUACUAGCCCUAGCUCAAAGAAUGGUGGACAAUUUUAUAAGCGAAAACAAAAUGGAAGCUGAACAAGAAGCCCGUCUUUACAUCAUGAUACUAGAACUUCAGGAAAAAUGGGAAGACAUCUUGAAAUUUAUUGAGAGCCCGCUAUACUCCCAACUGGUCCCAGGAUCCACUGCUCAAGCCUCCAUCCCAUAUCUAAAGAAGCUCGGUCAAUGGAAACGGCUCAAUGUAGUCUGCAAAGAACUCCUAUGGGACAACCAAGACCGUUGGGACUACUACGUCCCAUACUUUGACUCCGUAUUCUACCUGAUGAAGGAAAAUGAGGAAGAUUCGGACAGUUCUAUUGAUAAUACUGCGGAGAAGUGCCAUGAGUUCAUUUGUCAGUUGGUUGAAAGUAUGUCUUCGGGGAGGACACUUAGAGGACCGUACUUAGCUCGGUUGGAGCUGUGGAAGAGGUUGGCUGUUGAUGGAGAUCCUACGUCUCUAAUUGGCAAUGGGUUAGCGUUAUGUGUGCAAUAUUUAAGAGUGUUUGCUAACAAGCCCUGUGCGGUGCCAGAUUUGAGACCGUACCUUGGGAUGAUACCGCAGAAGGAGAGAGAAGAGAAGUGUAGAGAGUUCCUGACUUGUCUCGGCUUUGAUGAGAACAGUGAGCCGGAGUCGGCGGAUGACAUUCAGCGUCACAUAUCCUGCCUCGCCGCCUGGCGCCUGGUGGCGGCGCCACUGUCGUCUACGGGCGCCCUGGAGUUGGCCGCCACGCUCCGUGGACACUACAUGCGAUGUCUGCAGAAGGGACUCGUCACGUCAAACAUCACGGAGUUCUGUGCUGCCGAUCAUUACGGCAUUUUGGCUGCUCAUCACUAUUUUUAUGCUGGAGUAGAGCAGCAGAGCUCGGCCCCGAUAGUGGAGGCGCUGUGUCUACUGGAGCUGGUGCUGCAUCACUCGCCCGCCAACUUCCACGCCAAGCUGCUACUCGUCAAGCUGUACCAUCUGUUAGGUAACGCAGUAGCGGCGGACAGUAUCUACCAGCGCCUGGAGGUGAAGCACAUCCAGUUGGUGUCGCUGGGCUGGCUGCACUGCGCGCGCCUGGCGCCCGCCUGCCUCGCCAGCCGGGCGCUGCAGCUGCUGGCCGACACCAGGGCCUUCCUCAAACAUCAUGGGAAGGAUAGCGUGGAGCACCUGACGUACGCGUACAAGUACGGCACGUUCGAGAAGCUGGUGGAGCUGGCGGGGUGGGCGGCGCGGCUGGAGGGCUGCGGCUGGGGCGCCGCCGCCGCGCGCGACCAGGCGCUGCUGGCGCAGCUCGCCGGCCCGCCCGCGCUGCUGCACCAACCCUCCCGCCUGCCCGCGCUGCCCACCGACAACCGCGACCUCAACGUGAUAGUAAACUACGAGCCGCCGCAGUUCCAAGACGACAACUUGAAGGCGCGUACCUUCGACCAGGAGGUGUCCUAUCUCCGACUCAAGGACGCUCUAGUGUCGGCCAUAGCGCUGUGUAUCGAGUUAGCAGACAGUCGGCCGGUGGAGGAGAAAAAGGGCCACUAUGAACAACUGAACACUUGCGUAGAAGCGUUCAGUACGGCGAUGGAGAAAUGCCGGCAGUUGUACGCUGAGAGAGAAAGGAUUAGCAUAUCUGCGCCCUUCCCUUCUAGGAUUAUUGCAUUUGUAAACUCGCCGGUACCGUACCGGGAGUUGUACGCAACGAUGCUGCGACUAGUCGGCGAGUUGGCGAUUAAUCGCACGACUGCAGCGCACGACGCGUGCGACGCUGUCGCGCGACUGUUGCCCAAGGCACAGCUGCAGUUGCAGGACGAGAUCGCGGUCAAAGGAGACCCCGUGUGGAGUAUGAGAGACCGGCUCGAGAGCCUAUCUAAUUAUUUAGAGUUCAUAGGUAUCAUCACAUUCUUGCUGGGCGUGUGCAACGAGCUGUUCUCGCCAGCCAGCGCCAAGAAGUCCAAGAAGAAGACGAACCACUCGCCGGACGAGAUCAAAACAUCGGAACUGUUGAACAAACUGAACAACACGGUGCAAACUUCCAUAGCCUUCCUCGAAAAUAUACUAGACGAGUGGCCCAAAUACGAAGCUAACAUCGACGAAAUACUCGCCAAACUAUCCCUAGACGAUAAAUACCAAAGCCCAGUAGAAAAUAAACUAAAAACAGGCCGAGAUGACAUGCUCAACGACGUUAGGAACAUUCUCAAAAGAAAAUCGAAAUACCUAAAGAGUCUGCUACAAUGAUGCCUUUGAACUAAGUGCUUGUACGAAGUAAUUAAGUAUUGUUUUUAUAAUAAAUAUACAUAUCUUGUAAAUACUUUUGUCUUUGCUGUACGCGUUGUUGACGCCGGCGGAGUUGGGUUGUCGCGGAUGUGGUUACAUCCGCGGUGACUUGGGCCUAAUGUCUGCGAUACGUCAUUUGACGAAUGCUUGUAACUUAUAAACGAUAAUAGACGGACUAAAAAUGCUUGCAUCUUGCUUAGAAACAAUGAAAACUGUCCACGAAAUGGUAACGUUAAAGGUAAGUGUCGUACGCAUCGCACGCAACGGAUUUUAGUUUGUCUUGUAUAGAAACUCAUACAACUGCGUCCACUGAUCCGCAUCGUACGGACCGCUCAUCGGCAAUGCGUACCGAUGACGUCACACGAAAUGCUGAUGUCAAAAAUCCGAGUGAAAGUGACAUCGGUAAUCCGAUUGCUCCAAUACUUGGGUCGGCAAUCCGAACGCUGACGAUAUAGUGGACGCAAUCAAUCCGUUUGACGUGAUGCGUACGAUGCGGGCCUGUGGACGCUUACCAUAAAUCCGCCUAUCGUCAUUUGUAGGUUGCAUGCAUUCGUCAAAUGACGCGUCGUAUACAGUAGGCCUCACCUUACGGCUAGAAGCGAUGCCGCUUCAAGUUUUAUUGAAAUAAACGAUUGUUGUUACUGAAUUAGUCAAUGUACUUGUAAUAAAAACGUCUCCAAACAUCAGAAAUAUUCUAUUGAACGACAGAAUAAAUUAUAAAUUUUAAAAUAGUGUAACAGAAUUUUGCCUUAUUAUAAAUAUUAAGACACGAAGUAGCAUAAUGUAAUGACAAUAGCCUAGUUGGUUUACCUGCAGCUUUAAAGCUAGUUCAUAACUCACUGCCAUGGGAUUAUCACUCUUAUUACUUGGGCGCUUUGUACUGCACGAGGCGAUUAUAGAAUGCAGUGCGCCAGUAUAUUCGAGUCUAUACUUCAACUAGUCUUCCUGUCUUUAUUUUAAACAAUAAAUUGUAUAGCAAUGUAACCAGUAUGUUUCAUUACGUUUUUGAACGGUUUGAGAACCGUAUGCUUGAGUAAAUUCACAAAAAUUAAACACUACAUUGUUAAAUUAAUUAAAGUUAUGCUGUUUACUCGGUUGUCGUGCAUGCUGCUCAUGUUUAUGGGUCCCUGGUGGCUUGAAACUAGUCGAGUGACCUUGUUCAACAGUUGUAAGAGUAAACUGUAUAAUCUAAAUUAAUUUUGUCUCACGAUACUUUCGAGUUUCAAUACAUAAAUACUACAUUGUUAGUCAAAUAUAGCAUUUAUACUGUAAUAUGUAUAAUGAAAAUAUUCUACUUUUCUUGCAAUACCUUAGUUUUAUUUUCAUACACUCGUUGAAAAUGGAUAAUGCAUCAUGUCGACUCGCUUCCUUAUCUGAACUUCUUAAUAACGAAUUGUAAUAAGAGUCGGUUCAUAUCUGACAAUAUAUGCGUCGCGUAACGCCAGAACAGACAAAUAUUUAGAAAAACAGUUGACCGUUCACACACAACCGAUGAUACGUCAGUACGACCGAUGAUACGCUCGAUGUAGAGGUAAAGGUUUUAAAAGUGUAUUCACAAUAUCAGAAAUGCUUUCAUAUCCCGUUUUCUGUAGAAAAUAUGCUGAAAUUGUUAAAGUUUUAAUUUAUCAAAGCAAAAUUCGUAAAAUUAGAAAAUUCGCCAAUUAAAUAGUCUUGUCUUUGGUGCUCAACUUGCAAGCGACAAUGUAGUGUUGUUAUAGAAAAAUACAAUAAUUUCAAAAUAAAUGUUUUCUGCCUAACAUAGUGUGUAAUAAAGGGCGCAAUUGUUUGUACCUAAGAGUGAAAUACGAUUUUGUAUUUUAAUUAUAAUUUAUACAGACUU